AUGACAAAAAAGACGAACAUCCUUCUCUUCGGAGCUACAGGCUAUAUCGGAGGGUCUGUCUUGAACCGCCUCCUGAACCAUCCCAAAGCAGAUACCUUCAGUAUUACCGUGUCCGUGCGCUCUCCUGAGAAGGCGAAGCUCCUGGAGAAGUUGGGAGUGAAAGCCGAGAUAGCCUCUCUCAGCGAUCACGACAAGAUAGAGGAGCUUGCCUCGCGCGCGCAUGUUAUUUUCAACGUCGCAAACUCGGACGACUUACCGGCCAUAAUCGCACUCCUGAAGGGUGUGCGCAAGGCGUACGAGACUACCGGAGAGCUCCCCAUUCUCAUCCACACCUCGGGCACAGGCGAGAUCGCAGAGCCAGCGAAAGGAGACUUUGCUGCGGAGACGGUCUAUUCAGACUUGAACAUCGAGCAGAUCAAGGCUAUUCCAGAGACGGCCUUCCACCGUAAGAUCGACCUCGCCGUCAUCGGCGCAGACGAGCAAGGCUACGCACGCUCGUACAUCAUCCUACCCGGGAUUGUAGACGGUAUUGCGUCGGGACCUGUCUUCGAGGCUGGGAUCGCGAAGCCGGUUUCUAUCCAGAUUCCUGCCUUCAUUAGGGAGGCGCUGGACAGGAAGCGGGCGGGCAUGAUCGGCCUUGGCAAGGCCGUCUGGCCGAUUAUCCACAUCGACGACACCGCUGACAUAUACACCGUGCUUUUCGACGCUAUCAGCGCGAACCCGCAGAGUGUCGGGCACGGCUGGGAGGGCUAUUACUUCGGCGAGAGCGGACACGUCUCGUACUACGAGAUCGGGAAGGCCAUCGGACAGGCUCUCGUGGAUCUCGGGCUCGCAGAGGACGCGGAACCGACGCGUUUCACGGAUGAAGAACUCGUGAAGUAUUGGGGCUCCGUGCUUGCGGGAAACUAUGGAGGCACGACAUGCCGCUGCCGUGCGGACCGGGCGCGUGCGAUUGGGUGGAAGCCUAAGUAUGGCACUAAGGACUUGUUGGCGGUCAUCAAGUCUGAGGUUGAGUAUGAGUUGAAGCGCGCGCAGGAGAAGGGCGGAAUCGAUUUUUCAUACGAGAAGAGCCUCGCGACGCUGCUGCAAAGCGGGAAAGCGACCUGA